GAAGACCCCGUUGAUUGAUCUCGAUUCGAUUGUCGUCGGGAAGCAUCCUGCUAGGGUUAGGGUUUGGAGGUUAGACACCAGAAGAGAAGAAAUGGGAAGGGGAAAAGUGCAGAUGAAACGAAUCGAGGACAAGACGAGCCGGCAAGUGACGUUCUCGAAGCGGAAGGGCGGGCUGAUGAAGAAGGCUCGCGAACUCGCCGUGCUCUGCGACGUGGAGGUUGCGCUGAUGAUAUUCUCUCCAACUGGGAGGCCUACGUUAUGUCAAGGAGAGCACAAAAAUUUUGAAGAGGUUAUAGCAAAGUAUGCACACAUAACACCGCAUGAAAGGGCAAAAAGGAAAUUGGAGAACCUUGAAGUUAUAAAGAAAACCUUCAACAAGUUGGACCAUGAUGUAAAUAUAGAGAAUUUUAUGGGUUCAAGCUCUCAAACAAUCGAGGAAUUGAGGAAUCAAUUAAGGGUAUUGCAGGCUCAACUUACAGGAGUACAAAAGAGACUGAGCUAUUGGAGUGAUCUGGAUAAAAUCGACAAUGUAGAAUACCUUAGGCACAUGGAAGACUUGCUAGGAGAAUCAGUUAACCAGUUACGUCUGCAUAUGGAAAACUUGGGACAACACCAACAAACGUCUCUAGAAAGCACUAUCCAGAGAGGGAUGCCAUUAUCACAGAUCAUGAGUAGUGUGCAAGAAGCCCAGUCCUCAUCAUGGCUUCCAAAUUAUGACAACCGACUUAUGAUGUUACCCAAUGAGCCAAACUUCCUGCCACACAGGAACAUUUAUGAAGCCUUUGAUUAUAGAAUUAAAAACUACAUGGAGGAUGGCGAUACUGUACAAGUUGCAAAUAUGGGAUCAGGAGGUGAUGGCUCUGAAGAGUUAAGUAGAACUGCUUGUUCAAGUUUACAACCUAGUGAGCAAGGUGCAUGCCCGGUGUAUGAUCAUUCAAAUUUGUCAGACAAUAAGAAAUUGAGACCUGAGAUGGAGAUAAAUUUACAAGCAAAUCCUGUGGAUUAUCAAGUUAAUGGCAACUUUGAGCUACCUCGUAUUGUUUAUGAGAAUGGUCAUCAUACUUGGUUCUCUUCAUCUGGGCCUUGUGGCAUUGCAAUGUACAAUCAGAAUGGCUAG